CGUGGAGCGAGAGAGAGGUUUGCGUUUUAGAAUGAUUACAGGCGAGAGAGAGAGAGAGAGAGAGAGAGAGAGAGAGAGAGAUUAAGCGUACACAACUGUUGUCUUAAUCCUCUGAGCGGACAGAUUUAGAGGAAAAAAACUAGAGGUUUGAGGCAGAGCAGCCAUAUUUUAUGGCCCGCUGGUGGACUGAGUGGACUUGGAGCAGCGAGAGGCGAAGCUGAGGAGAGGAGAGGAACUUUGGCAGCCGCUGGCCUUUCAGCUCGCUGCGCUCUCCACACGUUUCAGCCUUUUUUUGUUCUUAUUUAUUUAAUUCCGGCUUUCGUGCGGUAUCCCACACAAACACAGCGAUGAAGGACCGAUUGGAGCAGCUGAAGGCGACAUGUGAUCAUGACGAUGAAGACGUUGAGAUCGCUGUGGAUAAUGCAGCGUUCAUGGACGAGUUCUUUUCCCAGAUUGAAGACAUCAGAAACAGCAUUGAUAAGAUUGAUGAAAACGUGGCUGAAGUGAAGAAACUUUAUUCAGUUAUUUUAUCUGCACCAACAUCUGAUCAGAAAACACAAAAUGACCUGGAGGCCCUCACCAAUGACAUUAAGAAAAUGGCCAACAAUGCUCGCAAUAAGCUAAAGACCAUUGAGAGGAAUCUUGAGUCAGAUGAGGAGGAGAGAGUGUCAGCUGACACAAGGAUACGCAAAUCACAGCAUGCCGUUCUGUCCAGGAAGUUUGUGGAUGUGAUGACAAAAUACAAUGAAGCUCAGGUGGACUUCAGAGAGAAGAGCAAAGGACGCAUCCAGAGACAGUUAGAAAUCACUGGUAAAGCCACUACUGAUGAAGAGCUGGAGGAGAUGUUGGAGGGAGGGAAUGCGGCGGUCUUCACUGCAGGGAUCAUAGAUUCGGGGAUAUCGAAGCAGGCACUGAGCGAGAUCGAAUCUCGGCACAAAGACAUUGUGCGCCUGGAGAGCAGCAUAAAGGAGCUACAUGACAUGUUUGUGGACAUCGCCAUGCUUGUAGAGAGCCAGGGUGACAUAGUUGAUAACAUUGAGGUAAACGUGUCAAAAGCAGUGGAUCACAUCGUCGUGGCAAAGACUGAAACGAAGAAAGCAGUCAGGUAUCAGAGCAGCGCACGGAAGAAAAAGGUGAUUAUAGUGUGUUUGGUACUGGUGAUUCUUGGCAUUAUUGCGUUGAUUAUAGGUCUAUCUGUAGGACUGAAAAAAGGAUAAGUCACAAAUUUCACAUUUGAAAAUGAUCAUACUGGGUGUGAUCAUUGUCGUGGUUGUGGUCAUCAUCAUUAUCAUCAUCCUCACGCAGACACUGUGAGGCCCUACACACGUCACCGUCCACUCUUCUGUUCAUCUGUGGCCUCGUAGUCCCUUUCCCCCCCGCCAUCCUGUCACUCUGUCCCCCUCCCAUUUUCUACUGAAAGCCAAGAAUAGAGAUCAACAAGACAAGACAAACACCCCUCCCCCUUCUAUUUGUGGCUCCGCCCUCUUCACCCUCCACCAACUGAUGGAUGACUCCUCCCAUGGCUUUCUGAAAAUGUGCUUUAAUCAGAUAAAGCACUUGCUGCUGGGGAAAUCGCAAAGGGAAUAUGUUUCGUGUAAACGGACAGAAUCAGAACAAAGAAUAAGGAAUUUUUAUUCAAGUAUAGAGUGGAAGAGGAAAACAAAGACCUCUGCUUCCCACCUUAAUAUCUUUUAAAGAUGUUACUGGCUAUUAUUUUGAACCUACAAGUGCUCUUACUGUAUUUUAUAACUUAUGUUUUUUUUGUUUGUUUUUUAUUUAAACCUUUAAUACAUUUCAUCCUUCAACAUCCCCUCAUAUCAAGUUAAAAAUGAACAUAUUUCACAUUUAACCAUUUCAUUUCACUUCAUGGAGUCUGUGGAGUCCAUGAAUCUGUGGAGGAUGACCUGCGUGACUUCAUGAUCGUUUUAUGGUGCUCUGAAUGUGAGCGUGUCAUUUGUAUCCAGUACGUUCAUACUUUGGUACCUUGUUUUUCAUUUCAGUUGUACCUAGUACUACUGUAACUAUCACACAGCUAGAUAUCAGUCAGUGUCCAUAUAUUGAUCAAAGUUCAUAUUAUAUCACUGUUCGGCACAGUUAAUACUGAAAAUUCAGUGAGAUUUUAAAACGAGAAUGAAUGUAUAUUAAUGUAUUUUCAAUUUAAUCAUUGUGAGACUGGUUAAAAAGCACAACUAAGACUGAUGAAGCAAAAUUUGGUUGUUUUACAAUUUUUUUGAAUCCUCACUCCUGCCUGUGAAAAAUUCAAUUUUAUUUGAAGAAUAAAUGAUUGUAUUUUUAAGUGAUGAAGAA